UGGGAGAAGCGCGUUCACGCAUGCAGCGGCGCGCCUCGGAGCGGACGGCGCGUCACGGGGGGGCUGGUCGGUGACACGGGCUGGCACCGGGAGUUAAUGAAUCCGAGAGUAAGUAGCGGAAUGUACCGGUCUGUGAUCUUCGACGCUGCCGGCUAGCACCUUGCUCACCGCUGCCAUGGUACGUCUUACAGACGGAGCAGUAGUGACACCUCGGCGCUUUAGAGCGAACGAUUCUUUGGAUGGUUCUUCUUAUUAGCGGACUCUAGUCAUCCGGACCCGGGAGGGGACCACAGGACGGACGGACAUGGAGAAGGGGGUCCGAGGGAAGCCGGGAGCGCGUCGGGAGAAGAGCUCUAAGAACGGGAAGCUGUUCCGGAGGAGAUCGUUCCGGUUCGUCGGGGGCUUCAUGAACAAGAUCAUGAGAACUUUGGGAACUUUAUCGCACUUUGGAGGAGACAUGGACGACGGGAGGCGGGAGACGGAGGAUGAUGACGGGGGGUUCCGGGAUGGGACCCCCUGCACCCUCCUGGCCAACUCCGGGAAGAUGUUGAGGGAGGAGGAUCCACCGGGGGGGCCGGGGGACCAGCUCCUCAAGAAGACCUGCACCACCACCACGACCGCCACCUCGGGGUCCCACCGGUCCUCGGGGCGGGAGAAGCUGUUCUGGUACUACGGGGACCAGACACCCGGGGUCCUGGGGCUGAAGAACCACGGGAACACCUGCUUCAUGAACGCCGUCGUCCAGUGCCUGAGCAACACCGACCUGCUGGCCGAGUACCUGGGCCUGGAGCGGUACAAGACGGACCUGGGUCCUGGGGGGCUGGGGGACGGGCCGGGGGGUCAGGAGGGGACCAGGACCGGGGAGGUGACUGAGCACCUGGCGCUGCUGGUCCGCGCGCUCUGGACCCUCGACUACACCCCGCAGCUGUCCGUGGGCUUCAAGUCCACCGUGUCCAAGCACGGCUCCCAGUUCCGGGGGAACUCUCAGCACGACGCCCUGGAGUUCCUGCUCUGGCUGCUGGACCGCGUGCAUGAGGACGUCCACCUGCCGCCCUACAGCAACAACAACAACAGCCUCCAGGCCCCGCCCACGGGCCCUGGUGGACCUGAGGCCGACCCACCUGCCGACCCGACCCAGCCACAGUGUGUCCCGCCCGGGGAGAGCCACAGCUUCGUCCAGGACCACUUCCAGGCCCAGUACAAGUCGUCUCUGACCUGCCCCCACUGUCUGAAGCAAAGCAACACCUUCGACCCCUUCCUCUGCAUCUCGCUGCCCAUCCCCCUCCGCCACACCAGGCCACUGUGCGUCACCCUGGUGUUCAGCACGCGGGGCCAGCGGUACCUGCGUGUGGGGCUCUCUGUGCCGCUGCAGGGCUCCCUGGCCGGCCUGCGGAGGAUGGUUGCUGACGAGGGACACAUCUCCCCCGACCAGGUCAUCCUGACAGAGAUCUACUCCAGCGGGUUUCAGAGGUCGUUCUUCGACGAGGACGACCUGACCUGCAUUGCCGACAAUGAUGUCAUCUACGCCUUUCAGGCUCCGCCCCUUUACAUCAGAGCGGGAUCCGCAAGGGUCUCAGGGUACCACCACAGCCUGCCGUCCUCGCCCUUCUCCUCUGGUCCUGAAGGUCAAAGGUUACCCCCGUCGGGCACGCUGUCGUCUGAGUUCCUGAACCAAGGCGGCCCCGCCCGCAUCCUGCUGCUGGUCUGCAACGCCGCGCAGAACGUCAGGUUCGGGCCUCCCUUCCUGAUGCGUGAGGACCGCUCUAUCUCCUGGGACCAGCUGCAGCAGAGUGUCCUCAGUAAGCUGUAUUACCUGAUGAUCAACGGAGCGCAGGCUCAGAACGCCCGAGUGUUGUUCAACGUCCGCGUCGUGGGCGGGGCCUCUAGCUCAGGACCCUACUGCUACCUGUCGCCGCAGGAUGGCCGGCCCCUCUACCACCCCGCCGUGGAGCGGGCUCUGAGGCAAUGCGGGUCGGGGGGCCCCCCCCAUGUCAAGCUGAUCAUCGAGUGGGAGCCCCGAGUCAAAGACUGCCUGUUCGGGAACAUCCAGGAGGAGGUGGUGAAGGACGCGGAGAGCGUGCGCGGCCAGCAGCAGCAGCACGUCCAGCAGCUCAGCUGCUCUCUGGACGAGUGCUUCUCCCUCUACACCAAGGAGGAGCAGCUGGCCCCUGACGAUGCGUGGCGCUGCCCCCACUGCCAGCAGCUGCAGCAGGGCGUGGUCCAGAUGAGCCUGUGGACGCUGCCCGACAUCCUCAUCCUGCACCUCAAGCGCUUCCGGCAGGCUGCCGAGCGCCGCACCAAGCUCACCACGCUGGUGUCCUUCCCCUUGGCCGGCCUGGACAUGGCGCCCCACGUGGUCAAGAGGAGCCGCGGCCAAUCCGCUGCCAGCACGGCCCUGCCCGACCCCGCCCCCGCCAACUACCUCUACGACCUGUACGCCGUGUGCAACCACCAGGGUGGGCUGCAUGGCGGCCACUACACAGCGUUCUGCAGGAACUCGGUGGACGGCCAGUGGUACAGCUACGACGACAGCAGUGCCGAGCCCGCCCCCCACGGGGAUGUGGUGACUCGUGGCGCCUACAUCCUCUUCUACCAGCGCCGCAACACGGUGCCACGCUGGUCUGCCAGCUCCUCCACCUCAGGGUCCACCAGCUCCUCAGCGUCGGACCACUGGCUGUUGCGGCUCCGGGAGAGCAGCCAGAGAGACAGCCUGGGCUCGGCCGGGUCGCUUGGGGCCCCCCCGGGACCCCUGCCCCCCGCCGACUCCCCUGAGCUGCCGGUAUUCAGAGAGGAGUCCUCCAGACCAGCAGAGACCAGCCCCGCCCCGGAGCCGUCCACACCGCAGGGGUUCCGGGGGCCACGGGUCCGGUCCCUCAGUAUGAGGUCUCCCACCCGGACCCGGGAGGCCCUGAGCAAAGUCCUGCCGCUGCGCUGGUCCCUGGGGGCCCGGGAGCGCUCCAGACCCCCCCAGACCCCCGCCCAGACCCCCGUCCCGCUGGUGGAGUACCUGGAGUCCGGGCGUCGUCCGCGCUGCUCCAGGGAGCCCAUCGCCGCCCUGGUGGCCACGCCCCCUCUUGCCGUGAGGGGCGUGGCCUCAGAGGGGGGGUGGGGGGAGCCGGGCUGUGGCCCCGGUGGGGGGGACGGAGGGGGAAGCCCCUCUCCCCGCAGACCGGAGGGGCAGAGCAGAGCGGGGGGGUCUGAGAGGACCCCCAAGAUCCCGGAGGAGCCGGGCUGGCCCCGCCCGCCCCGGGACCCGGGCCGGGACCCGGGCCGGGCCGCGGACCCCCAGCUGAGAGGGGCCAUUCUGGGGGGCCACGUGAGCCACAGCACCCCCCCGAGCCGGGACUCCACCCUGCGGCGGUCCAGAGCCCACAUGGGCCCCGCGGGGCCCCCCCUCCAGACGGGCCCCCCAGGGCCCCCCCUGCAGAGGGACCUGCUCCACGCCGCGCUUGACAGGAAGCAGCGGAGCCAGGAGAUCCUGCUGUCCCCCCUCAGACCCCCCUCCAUGCGGCGAGACGCCCCCCGUGGCGGCCCCCCCCCCACGGCGGUGGAGAGCCUGAUCCGGGCCAGUGGGCCCCCAGGCCGGGCCCCCGGCGGGCUCCUGACCCAGCUGUCGCUGUCCAACGGCACGCUAAGCGGCGGCGAAGAAGCCCGCGGCGGCAUUCAGGCCCGCGGGACGACCCAGACGCACCGUCACCACGGCGACAACCCCGCCGCUGACAUCACGCGCACCCUCAGCUCCAGCAGCCUCCCGGGGGGGCCAGAACAGAGCCUGCGGCACUGCACCUCGCUGCAGCGGAGCGGGGAGCUCGGCCUCCACCCCCUCCAGCCCCUCCACCCCCUGCAGCACCACCCCCUCCAGCACCAGCCCCUCCACCCCCUGCAGCAUCACCCCCUGCAGCACCACCAGCACCUGCUCCGCCGCUUGGCGGAGAAGCCAGGCUGCGAGCCACUCCCGAGGACCCAGUACAGCACCACCUCCCUGGGCCGGCAGGGCCCCGGCCUGGGGGUCCGGUUCUGAGCCCCCCCUGUUCCUGUUGGGGGCCCGGCUCUGCUCUGAUCUCCACCUCAGAGCUCCAGUGGAGCGGGAAGGCUCCAGGCUCCAUGUCCCAGGUCAAGGUUUCGAAGGUUCUGAACCUGGAAUGUCGGACCCCCACUGGGACCUCUUUCUCAGGGGACCGGUUUGGGGGUGCAGUCCAGAAUCACAGGUCCUGUGAACUAGAGUUGGCCAGAGGUUUUCUAAUGAGACUUUUUGAGCAAGGACACGUUCACUAGCGUCUCCUGGUGGAAUGAAUAUUCACUAACACCUUUCUAUGUGUGUCAUAGUCACAGCCUAUUGUUUAUGCAUGACUUUAAUGUCUGGUUGGCUUGGAUUUAAGUAGGGGUAAAUAUGGUUGAAGAGAGAUCAGAGAGUGUCCAAAGUGCCUUUGAGCAGGAGAAUUAAGAGGGGGGCUCUCCUUCCUCCUUUUCAAGCUGCCAAUCAUGUUCCCAGACAUAAAGAGCCCAGCCAAGGGCUCUGACCACUUUCUCCUCGUUUCCUUGAGGAUCAAGUAAUACAAGACCACCAAUGGAGGGAGACAGUGACGGAGAGAGACGGGGAGAGAAAGUCUUAUUGAGUCAAAAUACCUCAGCCCCCUGACUGGCUGGGGGCAGGGACUUCUUCAGACAUGAAAGUGCUGCUUUCAGAGAGCAGAACCGGGAUGAAUUAGUCAUUCCCCUCCGACGGCCCUAAACCAGUCACCACAGGGGCGGCUGAUUGGCUGAGUGCCACUGGGGAGGACGAGAGGGUGCUGAAUGAGGUGGAAAUUAAGGAUGAAUGUAUUGUUCUGCCCGUGCUAUCUGGGGGGGCAUCAGGGCAGGCAGGCAGGACGCUGUCAGCUCAUUACCCUGCGGCCCGCCUGUCUCACUAUUGGACUCUUUUCUGCACUAGAAUGGUGUCUGAAGAUUUGAGCUUUUCUGUUCUCAUUUAUCCGUUACUUUGUAUUGUUGCAAGUGCCUCUCAGACAACCAAUAAUGAUAACAACUGUUGCCAUCAGUCCUCGGCCAGACCACCUGAGCCCAUCGCCUAGACAUCCUGAUCCCCCAGACCAUCUGACCCUGACCACGUGACCUGACCCAGACCCCCGGAACCAGACCUGACCCACCAGACCCACACCUGAACCCCCAGAAAGAUGAAACAUCAGGCUGUCCACUCUUUUCAUUUACCGAAAUAAUCAUUCUUGAAUUUUUGUCGGAACCAGGCAGCAUAUAACAAAUUACUUUUCAAAAAAUAUGUUCAAAAAUACUGGUAAAGCUAGAAAGGAAAUAUUUUAAAGAGCAGUUGUUUAUCUCAAAUAAAAUAACUUCAAAUUGGUUUGAAAAUA